CUAGAUCUGGUGUGGUUGCAUCCAGGCAGGGGUGUAAAGUAGUUGAGGUUGGAGAAAUGGGUGGGGACGAUGCCCUAGAGUUGUUUUCCAAACGCUUUACCAGCGGGGGCAGCUUGGGAGAUGAGGGAAAAACGGCUAUCGCAAUGAUCGUGGCCUCAGUGCAUCGCAUGCCACUAGCUAUUGUGGGUGCGGCAGCCUACAUGACCGAGACCAAGACAUCACCAUCGAUUUACUGGUCCAUUUUGCGGGAGAACGAUGAACGAGCGAGGCGACUACUUUCACACCAGUUUUGCGAUAUCCAGCGAGAGGUUGAUGUGACUGAGAGUAUAUUAGGUACCUAUUUUAUCACCUUUGAUAGGAUCACACAACAGAUGGCCCCAGCUGCGGAUCUUCUACGGCUAAUGGUAUUCCUCGAUCGUCAGAACAUACCGGAAGAGAUAUUGAGCCAAAGCGGCUUGAAAGGGAUGGAUGAUCCGGUUGAAUUUCGUCAGGCGAUCGGAAGGCUUUUAGCAUUCUCGCUGGUUACCGUUGUUAAGCGUGAGGAGAGACCAUUCUAUGAGCUUCAUCGUUUGGUGCAACUAUCCUUGCAAGUGUAUUACCCAACUAAGCAGUUGAAGCAAGCAAGGGCCGCCGCGCUGAGAGUGGUUUCACGACUAUUCCCGCAGGGUGAGAGUGAGCAGCGGGAGAUUGGUCAUAUAUACAUUCCGCAUGCACUUACAGUAACUCAAGAUUCGCUGGAUCCUAUUGCGGGAGAACUUUGUUUUCACAUGGGGCGGUACUUCAGAGAGAAAGGCUCCUACAGUGAUGCAGAAAUUCAGUUUCGCCGAUGUAUUGCACUUCAAGGGAAGCCUAAAGAUUAUGGCCGGGGUGCCGAGGAUCAACAGAGAUUGAAGCUCCUGGGAGCAGCAACUGGAUAUCGACCGAUGACCGAUGUGGCGGUGAAGAUGUUUCGGAGAAUACUGGGCGGGCUUAAGAAGUACCCGCAUUCAAACAGUGCUCGUAUUCUAAAGUACGUUGGUUACUUGGCUCUCACGCUGCAGGACCAGGGAAAAUACGAGGAAUCAGAAACGAUGUAUCGGCGGACA